AUGGAUCGACGAAACUCAUCAGUUCUUCCUCUUGUGCAAAUCAACGAACUAAGCCAUGCCCUUGAGAUCGAACGAGAUCUCGUUCUUAAAACGCAGGAAAACUACAUGAAUCUGAAGAAGAAAUUUCUUGAGCUGUACGAAGAGAGUCAGUCAUGGAAGCUAGGAAUGGAAACGAAGCUCGCUGCACAAACUCGUCAAAUCGAACUUCUGGAACGUGAGAAAGAACUAUUGAAGGAGGAAAAUCAACGGAUGUAUGGUGAAUCAAUAGAGUUGAAGUCCAAAAUCGAUGACAUUUCGAGGCAAGGAAAGGCAAAAGAGGUUGAACUGAGGCGAACAUUCAACAACCAGGUUGAAGAACUUCUUCAGCAUACAUCCAAGUCGGACAACGACCAAAGUGCUGUGAAAUAUGAGGAGUUGUGGAAGAAAGAACUUCUUGAAAGUGAAGGUCGAGUACAAGAACUACUGUCAGAGGUCAGAACCAUCCAGUCCCUUAGACACGAAGAAGUUCAUUCGUUGCAAGAGGAACUACGAAAGGAGCGACUGAAAUGUGUCGAGCUGCAAACAACACUCCAGAGGCAGGCGGCAGAGUUGGAAUCGGCCAAAAGUCUUGCUACCAUAAGGCAGAACAAGUCUAUUGCCUUAUGCAGUGACAUAAAUCGCCGGUUAAAAGAAGCUAUGGUAAAGGAAGUCGCAUGGCUAUCAAAAGAGGAGGAUUUUCGUAAGACUCUAAAACUGAGAACGACGUCAUUUGAGAACAAGUUGGCCGAUCUUGAGCGCGUUAGCGAAGAAAAGACGAACAGUCUUACAUUGGUUUUGGAACAAAAGGAAAAAGCGAGCAGUGCACUUGUGGAACGGCUGGAACGAGAACGAAACGAGCUCGAGAUGUCAGUAGCGGAACUGAAGAAGAAUUUGGCGAGUGACCCUUCGAACUCAAAUGAACUACAGUGUUUGAGAAAAGUGGUCGAAGAGAAGGAGAAACAGCUGACGAGCGUCACGCGCCGCUACCGACGGCUCGUCCGACAAGUGGAGACCUCGUUGGUGCACCUCGAGAAGCAUCAACGCGAAACAUGGAACAAGCUCGAACAGUCCAUCAUUCCCUCAUUCAUCCAGAAUUUCACAGUCUAG